AGGUACCAUAGACAACAAGGAAAUUUUAAGCCAUUGUACACAGCCAUGCAAUUACACAUUAAAAUGUGAUCAUGUUUGCGGGGGCACGUGUGCGCAGUGUCUCCACGGCCGAAUACACAUGCCUUGUACGAAGGCUUGUGAAUCAAUAAUGAUUUGUGGCCAUAAGUGAGUGUUAAAAGGCAGUAUGAACGUCGAUAAGCUGUACUUUGAUUAAAAGAAGCUGUAGUUAAAAAUGGUGUUAUAAUUUAAUUUUAUUAUUAUUUUAGAUGCAUGGAGCCAUGCAAUCAGGUGUGUCUACCGUGCAAAAUGCCCUGCGAGGUGAAAUGUACUCACUCAAAAUGUAAAAAUACAUGUGGCGCACCUUGCGUUCCUUGUCAGGAGAAGUGCCGUCGAUCGUGCGUGCACGGCUCGUGCACGCGGCGGUGUGGUGAGCGGUGCUCGCGGGCGGCCUGUAAUGAGCCGUGCCCCCUUAAACUGCCCUGUGGUCAUCCGUGCCGUGGCCUCUGCGGCGAGCCCUGCCCUCCCAUAUGCAAACAUUGCCGCCCUGACGAGUUCCCCAAAGACUUCCUCGGUUACGACUUCGACGAAGAUGCCAAGUUUAUCCGGCUUCAAGAUUGCACCCAUAUAUUGGAGGUGGAAGAUGCCGAUAAUUUAAUGCAAAGCGACAAGGAGACGAUUAGGAUUCGUUGUUGUCCUUUCUGCCGCAAGCCAAUCAUCAACACGUACCGUUACAAAGACUUCGUUAAUGAAAUGUACAAAACUGAAAUUAACCCAAUAAAGGAACGAGUGUAUGGAACAAAAGCUCAAAUUAUUGAAAAGCGUGAUAAACUACGUGAUACUUUUACUGGCUUUGAAGAGACUCAUCUUCAAGUCCUGAAAAGUACUUAAAAUUUUUAGUAUUAUAUUAUUUAAAAAUUAUACCACAAAUAUUUUUCUUGCAAAAACACAAAAAGUAGUUAUACCAACUUUUUUUGUUGUCUUCUUCCAAUUACUUUGAAAUGGAAAGGCAAAGUUUUUUUUUCUUUUGAUUUUUUGCAAAAAUUUAAUGCCCAUGUUCUACUUUCCAACUUUUUUUUGAGGUCGGUGUUACCCGUAUUAUUAUCAGCAUGAAGUAAAACAGCACUGUCACAUAAGUGAUUAACUAUUUUUCUCUUACUUUAUAUGAUAAUUUUUUUUUUCAAAAAUGUCUGGCAUCGUUAUCUGGCAGUCUAGGUGCAGUCCAACAUUG